AUGGCAACGAUCCAACGCCGAUUAUUAAAAGAAUUUAAUACAGCCAAGGAAAAUUCAGAGCAAAUCAAUAAAUUAGAACCAAAAGGAAACGAAAUUUUGCAACUGGAAGCUAAAAUCGUUGGACCAAACAAUUCACCAUACGCUGAUCAUAUUUUUACACUUGAUAUUAAUUUACCGACAGACUUUCCAUUUAAACCACCGAAGGUUAAAUUCGUAACCCCAGUAUAUCAUCCAGCAAUUAAAGAUGAUGGAAGCAUUUGUCUAGAUGUUCUCGGUGAAAAGUGGACACCGAAUCUAUCCAUAGUCACAAUUCUACUUCAAAUAAUCGAAUUAUUGGCUGAUCCAAGUACUGAAAGUCCUCUCGUAUCUACUAUAGCUCAACAAAUUCUUAAAAAUCCAAAAGAAUUCUAUGAUACAGCUCGUAAACAUACAAUGGCUUAUGCUCAACCAAAAUCGAUUUAA